GUACUCAAUGUAGGGUUCAACUGAAAUUGAUUUUCGGUCUCAGCGGCUGAGCUGUUCUUGUCUUCUCUUUUCCCCGGUCUGGUAUUGAAGACAUUAAAACCCUCCAAACCCCUAAUAUUAUCCCCCUUUCUCUUCUGCCCUUCGUUUUUCUCUUACUCUUUACCAUUACACUGGUCACUGUAAGACGCAACAAUGAGCAGCUGGAGAAGCCUUCUUCUGCGAAUCGGCGACAAGAGUCCCGAAUACGGUGCCGCCGGCGACUUCAAGGACCACAUUGAAACAUGUUUUGGCGCCAUUCGCAGAGAGCUCGACCACUCCCAAACCGAGAUUUUGGAGUUCCUUUUGGCAUGUGCUGAGCAAUUGCCUCACAAGAUUCCGUUGUAUGGAACCCUGAUUGGCUUGAUUAACUUAGAAAAUGAGGACUUCGUUAAAAAACUAGUGGACAAAACUCGGACUAAAUUUCAGGAUGCGUUAAAUUCUGGAGACUGCAAUGGGGUUCGUAUCCUAAUGCGGCUUAUGACUGUCAUGAUGUGCAGUAAGGUUCUUCAACUAAGCUCUUUGGUUGGCAUCUUUGAUACGUUUUUAUCAUCAGCUGCUACAAUAGUUGAUGAGGAAAAAGGAAAUCCCUUGUGGCAGCCUUGUGCAGACUUUUAUAUAACUUGUAUUUUAUCAUGCCUCCCAUGGGGUGGAGCAGAACUUGUUGAGCAAGUUCCUGAAGAGAUUGAGAGACUGAUGGUUAGUGUUGAAGCUUAUUUGAGCAUCAGAAGGCGUGACUCUGACACUGGUUUAUUCUUUUUUGAAAAAGAUGAUGCAAACGAGAGAGGUUCCGGUGAUAAGGAUUUUGUAGAAGACUUAUAUGACAGAAUACAAGCUUUAUCUAGUAAUGGAUGGAAAGUUGAAAGUGUUCCAAGACCACAUCUAUCAUUUGAAGCUCAGCUUGUUGCUGGGAAGUCCCAUGAAUUUGGGACAGUGAGCUGCCUUAACAUACCAAGCCCACCUUCAGUACCUUCUGGCAUAUCUAAUGGUAAACAAAAGCAUGAAGCAGAGUUAAAAUAUCCCCAAAGGAUACACCGGCUUAACAUAUUUCCCCCCAGUAAAACUGAGGAUCUGCAGCCUAUUGAUCGAUUUGUUAUGGAAGAAUAUCUCCUGGAUGUGCUUCUGUUCUUCAAUGGCUGUCGAAAGGAAUGUGCUUCCUUUAUGGUUGGCUUGCCAGUGCCCUUCAGAUAUGAGUACCUCAUGGCUGAGACAAUAUUCUCUCAGUUGCUGAUGCUACCUCAACCACCUUUCAAGCCAAUAUACUACACACUGGUUAUUAUUGACCUUUGUAAGGCUCUUCCUGGAGCAUUUCCUGCAGUUGUUGCUGGAGCAGUUCGUGCUCUCUUUGAGAAGAUUGCUGAUUUGGAUAUGGAGUGUCGAACACGUCUCAUCCUUUGGUUUUCACAUCAUUUGUCGAACUUUCAGUUCAUCUGGCCAUGGGAAGAGUGGGCUUAUGUCUUAGACCUCCCAAAGUGGGCCCCGCAACGUGUGUUUGUUCAGGAGGUUUUGGAGCGAGAAGUUCGCUUAUCUUACUGGGACAAAGUUAAGCAGAGCGUUGAAAAUGCAGCUGGUUUAGAAGAAUUACUUCCUCCAAAAGGUGGACCAAACUUAACUUUGGGGGCAGACGGUACAGAGAACAAUGAAAAUGUGCUCUCUGGAGAGCUUAACAACAUGGUUAAAGGAAAGGCACCUGUUCGUGAAAUAAUCUCGUGGAUUGAUGAAAGCGUACUUCCAAAUAAUGGUCUAGAAGUUACACUAAGAGUGGUUGUACAAACUCUUCUCAAUAUUGGAUCUAAAAGUUUCACACAUUUGAUAACCGUCUUAGAGAGAUAUGGUCAAGUUUUUGCAAAACUAUGUCCUGACCAGGAUAAGCAAGUCAUGCUGAUUGCUGAAGUGGGUUCAUUUUGGAAGAGUAACACCCAAAUGACAGCAAUAGCAAUUGACAGGAUGAUGGGUUAUCGACUUGUAUCAAAUUUGGCCAUCGUGAGAUGGGUUUUCUCCUUAGAAAAUAUUGAGCAAUUUCAUACAUCAGAUCGUCCAUGGGAGGUUCUUCGAAAUGCAGUAAGCAAGACAUAUAAUCGUAUUUCUGAUUUAAGGAAAGAGAUAUUAUCUCUUAAAAGGAAUAUUUUAUCAGCUGAAGAAGCUGCAAAGCAAGCAAAAGAAGAGUUAGAUGCUGCAGAGUCGAAACUGACACUUGUAGAUGGUGAACCAGUUCUUGGUGAAAAUCCUGCUAGGUUGAAUAGAUUGAAGUCGCAAGCUGCAAAAGCAAAGGAGGAGGUAGUUUCUCUUCAAGAAUCUUUUGAAGCUAAGGAAGCUCUUCUUGUCCGAGCAAUUGAAGAAAAUGAGGCAUUAUUUCUAAUGUUGUACAAAAGCUUCUCAAAUGUGUUGGUGGAGCGCCUUCCUGAAGGAUCUAAAGCUAGAUCACUGCACGAAUUGAAGGCUGCAGAAGUUGAUGUGAUGGCAGUGGAUCCUCAAGAACCAUCAACAAUGGAACUAGAUAAUGAGAAUCAACAACCCCAAAACAGUCAGUCAAAUGGCGGGAAGAAAAGUGGUGCUUACAAUGUAGGCGAAAAGGAGCAAUGGUGUAUCACCACUUUGGGUUAUGUGAAGGCCUUUUCCAGGCAGUAUGCGGCUGAGAUAUGGCCUCAUAUUGAGAAGCUGGAUGCUGAGGUAUUGACAGAAGAAGCACCUCCUCUUUUUCGAUCGGCUGUUUAUUCUGGUCUUAGAAGACCAAUUAACGAGGCUUGAUUUAUUUAUUCAUGCAUUGACCUUAGGUAUACACGUUUCUAGCCUACUAACCAUUCUCCCUCUCUUAUCAAAAGAGGAAAGCCGUAUUCCGUUGUAAUGUAAAUUAUAUAUAUUUGUAUAUUGAUCAUUUUGAUCACAGAUAUUUAUUGGACCCAACUGUGCGUAAAACCUGCAGUGUGUUUGCUUGGAAAAAUGUUGGUGGGGACACUGAUUGUUGUUUGAACUAUGAAUUGAUUGUCGGUUAUCGGCGUGCUUAAGGAUA